ACACAAGAGACUGAAGAUUUAAAGGAGAAUCCAUAAGAAGUUUGCUCUCAUGUAUUUAUACGAUAACGAGGUUUUACGUUUGUUCGCCAAGCAUUAAUAUCGUGCUGGUUGGAUUACUAAAAAUCGGCCAGGUUAUAUUUUAGAGGGGUUGGGGCGGGGGUUAACAUGUCGAUCCAGUACGAGGCACCGCUGGCGGACAGCUACGGGGUGGCGGACUCGUUUCCCAAAGAUUUCGGAUAUGGAGAAGAAGAAGGGGACAUUGAGGACAGUCCCACUUCCUCCGACAGCAAACCGAGAAUCCUGUUGAUGGGAUUGAGGAGGAGCGGAAAGUCCUCUAUCCAGAAGGUGGUGUUUCAUAAGAUGUCCCCCAAUGAGACCCUGUUUCUGGAGAGCACCAACAAGAUCUAUAAAGAUGACAUCUCCAGCAGCUCCUUUGUCAACUUCCAGAUCUGGGACUUCCCUGGACAAGUGGACUUUUUUGAUCCAACCUUUGACUACGAGAUGAUUUUCAGAGGAACUGGGGCCUUGAUAUUUGUCAUCGAUGCACAGGAUGACUAUGUGGAGGCCCUUGGUCGACUCCACCUAACAGUAUCACGCGCCUACAGGGUCAACCCAGAGAUCAACUUUGAAGUGUUCAUCCAUAAAGUAGACGGCUUGUCUGAUGACCAUAAGAUUGAGACCCAGCGGGAUAUACACCAGAGGGCUAACGAUGACCUGGCAGACGCCAGUUUAGAGAAACUACAUCUCAGUUUCUAUUUGACUAGUAUAUAUGAUCACUCCAUCUUUGAGGCCUUCAGUAAAGUUGUCCAGAAGCUCAUCCCUCAGCUUCCCACGCUGGAGAACCUUCUCAACAUCUUUAUAUCUGUAUGUGUCUCUACCUCAAGACUCUUAACGCUUCUAGAUAGGCCAUGCUGUUUAAAUGAUAUUUGCACCUUAAUAAAGUUCCAUUUCCUCUUUGGUCACUCCAUUAUUGUCAUUAUGAAGAAUAUACUGUAUAGUGUUGUUGUUGUUGCUGUAGUGGAAAUGGCUUAUUCAUUUUCCAUCUCUGAUUCAGUCAUGCUCAUGCACGUUUUAUUAUCCUCUCUAUGCUGUAAGAUCUCAUAUCAAACCCUGCAGGGCAUUAUGCAACAGCGUGUCGAGCUGGGGCAGUCAGCCAGCAGCUGGCUAAUGGGCAGCACUGGGUCGACUGUGACUAAAGGAACAGCGACAGAUGCCAUUAUCUCAGCCUUGUGCAGAUACGCUGUCCCGGACAGCUCAGCCCAGUGCUGA